AAUUCAAUACAUAGAUUAUACACUUAAUAUAUUUGAGACAAUACCUACCUACAUUUUUAUUAAUAGAUUUAUACAUAAACGAAAUUUACUAAUUUAAUAAAUAUUAUGUGUACAUAUUUUCUAUGUUAAACUAUUAAAUUGAAGAAUCUAAGUACCUUUAGGUAAAAUCGUAACAAGAAUAAACUAACCUAACCCAUCUGUCACACAACACAAGUCGGACAGAAGGCAUGUGAACGGCGAAUUUUGCGGAAACAAGAUCAAAAAUUUUGGUGUUACAAAAUAUAUGACAAGACUUUUACACCGCAAAAACAUUUCCUUUACUUUUGAAAUGCAACUAAAUGGCAGAGUUCGGAUUCCACGUCUGAAGAACUCCUCGUCUUUUGAGGCUAUCCACGAAUCAACCCAAUUUCUGGUAUCUUCAUAUGAUGUAAACCGCUGCUCCGACAGAGUAUGAACCAUUGACCGGAACAGAUGAUAGUCAGACGGCGCAACGUCUGGUGAAUACGGCGGGUGAGGUACCUACACUGGGUAAAAAUUCAAGAAUGCUCUUGUCAGUAGGGUAAUUGAGAUUAAAAUCACCAAUAUGUCGGAAAUUUUAACAAAAAAAAAUGUACCAUCUAAAAGAUUUGACAAGAUACCAAUUUAUGUUGUUGAAGAACACAAUGAUGCCUUGCAAUUCAUUUAUUCGGCAAUAGGAGGGAAAAAACUGCCUGUCGAGGGUACCACUCUUCUACAUUUGGAUGCACAUCCAGACAUGUUAAUUGAUCGCAAAUUGAAAGGAGAAGAAGCACGCUCUGGGAGAAAGCUUCUGCCUCUGCUGCAGAUAGAAAACUGGAUUGUGCCCGCUGUAUCAGCAGGCCACAUAAAUCGCGUAUUGUGGUUAAGGCCUCCGUGGGCAAAACAAAUAACUGACGGUUCUCGAGUCAUUAAUGUGGGCGAUCAACCCGACACUGGACUAUUACGCGUUGAUUGCAAAGAACCUUAUUUUCUCUCUGACGCGUUAUACUCAUCACGACUUAUCAAUGCAAAAGAAUUCGAAUUAACGGUCGAGGAACUAACGCCUAAAACCAAAAACGCCGAAGGCAUAGUUAACUUUGCAAAAAGAUUAAAUAUAUCAGAACCGUACGUUUUAGAUAUAGACUUGGAUUAUUUUAGCACUGGAAAUCCAUUUCUAAGUUUAUACGAAAAUAUUGGUUUGUACGAUCGCUUACAACCGAUAUUUGACUUCGUACUCCCCGAUAACGACGACGCGGCAACAGUAGAGAAAGUUGUCGAGCUACGAGAACGACAAAUACAGGAACUCGAAAACUUGUUCCAGUAUCUCGAGGAAAACAAUAGUUUAGAUGGCUACAAAUACGAAAAAACACAAUUGUAUUAUAUGGUAUCCGAAUUAGCUGCGAAAGUUCUAGUCGAAGCAGAAAAACUUAACCAAACCCCGGAUUGGUGGGCUGUCUAUGCCGGAGGAUGCACCAGAGAUCAAGGCGGAUUACCUUACCAUAUUAGCUCCGAUUUAGAGAUUGAAGAAAUGGUCGUUGAAGCACUAACGCCACUCUUGCAAAAUCUUCCGCCGCCUAUUUUGGUAACCGUAGCAAGGUCGACGGAAGACGGAUACUGUCCACCUCAUCAGGUAGAAUUCAUACAGUCUCGAGUUUUGGAAACGUUGAAAAAACUGUAUAAUGCAGAUGAGCCAGCGCUACAUUAUUUAACUGUUAACACCUUAAGUUAACCCACAGGUCGUUUAUUCGUUUUGAUAUUCGGCUACCUCUAUAUAUACUUACUGAUUAGUAUGAAAAUAAAUCAACUUUUAUUAAAAAA